AUGAAAAUGAUUUUAGAAUUUUUCAGUAGACUGAAACCUGUGGAUGGAAAAUAUGAAACUUAUAAUAAAGCAGCAAUUUCAAAUAGGGUUUCGAAGGCUGUUAACACGACGUAUUCCAAAUUGAGGAGCAACUUUUUGAAGAGGCUGCUCGCGGAGGCUCCCGUUGCCAGCAGCCUAGUCACCACUAGAUGGCGGCAGAGCCCAGGCAGGGAUUUGGCAGCCUAUUGCUUUGGGUAAGUGCAUUCGGACAAUUACCUUCCAGAAGCUUCUGGAUCCUUGCUAAAGAUAGAUACAGUCCAAUCCUACAAAGAACCACUGGAGAUCCCCAUCAAAAGAAGUUUUGAAACAAAUGACUUUUGUCCCCAUUUUUGCAAGGCAUCUCGUCUGGACAGAGGCUGUAAAGAAUAUAAUGCUUCAAAAGGUCAGAAAUGCCUAAAUUAGCUGUUUUGGACCCAGAAAGUGGCCCAGCUUACAGGAAAGAUGCAGCUCUGUGAGCAAGCUCAAUGUACCUGGAAAGAUUGCAAAGAUGGAGCCAGUGAUGAGUCCUUCAGUCUUAAAAGUUUCACUGAUAUAAAUUAUUCCAUACUACAAACAGAGGCAAAGAUUCAUCUCAGUGGUCUCUGAAAUGACUACUAUCUGAAUAUCUUAGAUUGGAACCUUAAAAAUCUUAUUGUGAUAGCCCUUGGAUCUUCUGUUUACAUCUGGAAUGGGGACAACCACAAUGGGAUUAAAAAUACAGAUUUCAGUUUCAAAUGUAACAACUAUGUAUGUUCUCUGUCCUGGAUCAAAGAGGGGACCUGUCUGGCAGUUGGUACUAGGGAAGAAGAAGUUCAGCUAUGGGAUGUAGUAGCUGAAUGAUGGCUGAAAAACAUGCAGGGUCAUUUGUCAGUAGGAGCUCUGAGCUGGGAUCACUGUAUCUUCAGCAGGCAUCUACACCACCUAGGGGCCUCCUUGGAGCUCAGGUUGCAGGUCAUUUCUGAGACCAUGGACUGGUGCCCCUGGCAGUCCGCAGUGCUUGCUGUUGGAGGAGAAAUGAAGGAUGGACACUUAUGCAUUUUAGGUAUCGAUACUGGGCAGAGCACACAGACCCCAAGCACAAACUCACAGAUAUGUUCCCUAAUCUGGCUGCCUAAGACAAAGGAGAUUGCAACUGGCUAA